AUGACUCUCAGAAUGGAGCAGAUUUAUACCGUGAUUGCUGCCUGUGCUAUAACUAGUAUAAAUGGAGAAGAAUGCAUUGACGCCCCAUCAUACAGUGGUACUCUGAACGUGACACUGGGUGGUUAUAAAUGCCAGCGCUGGGACAGUCAACAGCCUCACCAACACACAAGGGACGUUUUCAAUCACUUCCCGAAUGACGCAUCCGUAAAAGAUGCUCAUAACUAUUGUAGAGACGCUGAUGGAAGUUGUAAAGCUAGAAUUUCAUUUUUACAACAUUGUUUGGGAGAGAUUUGUUUCAUAGCCUCGGUAUAUGAGUUUCAGUUAAAGGCUACUCAUCUUGCUGGUACUGAUAAUCGUAUUGCUGAUUGCUUGAGCAAAUGA